GAGAUCCGUAUUCGUAUUCGUAUUCAUAUUCGCAUUCGCAUAUGAGAAAUUAUGCAAAACUGAAAGCGACCCGAGACAAAGACAAGCACGCGCGAUUCCGUUUCCCAGCAUCAAUUAAAGAACCAUAAACAGAACAAUCGGGAGAUUGCAAAUCUGCAUCUGUAAAACAAUGCCAGAAUCGAGAAUUUUUCAAAAACUUUUACUAUUGCUGCCGCUUGCCUAUACCAACAAGCCGCAACUACCGCAUAAUGAUGAUGGCGAUCAUCGUGUGCAUCAUUGGAACUACGAAUAUAACGGAAACGACUGGGGUGGCACUUGUCGGACGGGACUACGACAAUCCCCCAUAAGAUUGGCCGUUCAAAAAUCGCUUUUAGCAGCAAUGCCGCGGAUUACUUUCGGGAACUACGACACAAAGCUGAGACCUCCACUCACCUUGGUGAACAACGGGCAUUCGGCUCACAUGGACAUACCAGAGACGCUUGACAACAGCAGACCAUUUAUAACUGGAGGGCUCCUCAAGGGUCGGUACAUUGCGGAGGGUCUCCAUUUCCAUUGGGGAUCGCCGAACUGGCGUGGAUCCGAGCAUUCGAUCCAAGAUCAUCGCUAUGAUGUGGAAAUGCACAUUGUUCAUAGGAAUUCAAGGUACACCGAUUUCCCCGAAGCAUUAAAGUAUAAAGAUGGCGUCGCUGUGCUUGGAGUAAUGUUCAAAAUUGUCCAAACACCAGAUGCCUUUUUUCCCGGUCUGAACAAAAUCUUUGCCCAGCUUCCAAAAAUUAAGAAAUACAAAGAGGAAGCGACAAUUUUGGGCAGUCUAACAUUGGGACAAGUGUUCGGAAAUUUGAACACCCGCGACUUUUUCACGUACAGGGGAUCGUUGACGACGCCCGAUUGCGAGGAGGCUGUUACCUGGACCGUGUUCUCCCAGCCCCUGCCCAUAAGCUUUGCAGCGGUCUCGCGGUUUUGGAACCUACGCAGCUCUGACGGCUACAGAUUGGUCAACAACUAUCGAAACAUCCAGCCCAGGAACAACCGGCCCGUGUACUAUCGUACCAGCCCGAAUCAGAUAAACAAUUUGCUCGGCUAGUAAUGAUCAUUGGAGGAGAGGACCAAAGAUGGGAGCGAAAAAUAUACCUAUUUUUAUUAUUUAUUUCAUAUUUUACAA